AUGAUAAGCACAGCACCCAAAGAAAUUCUACUCCACAUCGCAAAAUCUCUCGAUGAUGAGCGUGCUGCUGGGAAUAUCAGAUCCCCUCUCCAUGACAUUCUAAUUACCGUGAAGCUUUUGAAAGCGGGUAUGACCGUUACAGGAAAGGCAAACUUAUCGGAAAUGAGUGGCUGGAAAGGAUUUGGGAUAACGACAGGAUGGCCACCGGUAGGGGGACAAACACAAUCACCGUGUAUCUUUGGAGGACUUGCUGAGGGAGAGAAACUACUCGGGCAGACUGCUCUAGUAGGCUCAUCAUCGGGAAGUGCUUCUGGUGUUGCAGCUGGCUUUGCACCACUAGCAGUCGCAACCGAGAUAGACGGAUCAAUCACACAGCCUGCAAACCGUGCGGCACUAUUCGGCAUAAAGGUAACCGUGGGUCGUGCAUCAAUCGAAGGUACAGCUCCUUGGUCCGCCUUGACAGAUAGUGUAGGUGGUAUGGCGAAGUCAGCACAAGACUUAGCAGACCUGGUAGAUGUCAUCCUUGGCACAAAUACCACAUCAACUUCGAACACAAGUUGGCAAGGUCAAACUAUUGGCUUUGCCAGCAACUGCUGGAAAGAAAGUGCCUUGGAAGACAAAACGUCUGAGAAAAAGUACGCUAAAGGAGUAUCAUCAGUACGUGAAGCAGCUAAGACGAAUGGAAUUGACAAGUCAAUACCUCUAUUUAGUCUUGAUGUGAUUGUUGGACCCAUGGAUGACCGCAUACCUACCAUUGCCGCCGCAGCAGGAUACCCUCUUUCAAGCCAGGAAACAAAUGCUCUGAGACAACCCCCGAAAGUUGUGAUGGCUAAGAGAGGAAGACUUGGAUAA